GUCUUGACUAGUUAAAUAACCCUAGUGCUCGGAGUAUAUUACUAAAUAAGCUUAUAUAUAUAUCACUCUCCUUCCUUGUUAGUGGAUUAAGUGACUAUCACGACCCACAGAGUAGGCGCAGAAUCAACGACAUGGCCCAGGGCAGUCAGACUCACCGUCACCAACCCCUCGAACUUGGAUCAUGAUGGCAUCUCCGCGGGUUGUCAUGCGACGCAGUGUCAAUAUCGGGCUGAACUCAUGGCGGAUGUUUUCCUCCCAAAGCAGGUUGACGUUGUCUUAUGACCUGCAUGAGCCCAGCAAGCGACCUAUCGGCGGGUCCUCCAACCCCAUCAUUUUUCUUCAUGGUCUCUUCGGAUCCAAGAAAAACAACAGGAGUAUUAGCAAAGUUCUCGCUCGCGACUUGGGUAGACCAGUGUAUGCUUUGGACCUACGCAACCAUGGCGAAUCUCCUCACGCAAAGCAGCACGACUACGUCCAUAUGGCGGACGACGUUGCUGCAUUCAUGGACCAGCAUGGACUGACGCUGCCCACUGUCAUCGGUCACUCGAUGGGAGCUAAAGCCGCCAUGACCCUUGCUUUGAAGUCACCCGAACUUGUGCAAGAUAUCGUGGCGGUGGACAAUGCGCCUGUUGACGCUGUCUUGGAGAGCUCAUUUAGCAAGUACAUCCAGGGUCUGAAGAGAAUCGAAGCAGCGAACAUCACGAAGCAAGCUGAAGCGGACGACAUCCUGAAGGAGUACGAGGACUCUCUCCCUAUUCGCCAGUUUCUUCUGGGUAAUUUGUACCGGCCCGAGGCUGGCAAGCCGCAGCAAAAAUUCCGGGUGCCCCUCGACAUCAUCAGUCGGUCCUUGAUCCACAUGGGCGAUUUUCCAUUCAAGGACCCGACAAAGACUCGCUUCGAAAAGCCUGCUCUAUUUGUCCGGGGAACUAGAAGCAAGUACGUGCCUGAUGACGUUUUGCCAACGAUUGGUCAAUUUUUCCCAAAGUUCCGACUGGCAGAUCUCGAUGCCGGGCACUGGUGCAUUUCGGAGAAACCAGAGGAGUUUCGUCAAGCGGUUGUUGAGUUCUUAAGGAACCAAGACUAGAGGAUCCUCGGGGGUAAGCUGCUGUAGCUGUUUCACUCAUCCUUCACCAAGCUAUUGUGCAUAAUUGGCGAGUGGCGUUGAGGGCAUAUAUUUAAACUAGGCAAAUGUUCUGGACCGGGCCACAUAGACUUGCUAUAGAUUCAAUCCCACCAGGGACUUU